GGAAGGGAACCAAGUCCACCCAGCCUACCAAGAAUCGAUUGACACAACGUUGCGAUCCUCCCAGCAAGCAUACGAAUCGAAUCCAAUUAGUUAGUUCUCUCCUUGUUUCGUGGGGCUAAAGAAUUCCAUUCCACCAAAAUGUGUCCAACAGGAAGUGUUUUGGCUGCUCAGGAGAGGGGAAGAAGAUCAAAUUUACGUUCAGCAUUCGAUGUUUUAGACGUGGACCACGACGGAAAGAUCAGCCGCGAUGAUCUCCAGGCUUUCUACGGUGGGUAUUUGGCUGCCGGGACGUCGGAUAUUGAAGAUGAUGUCAUAGGAUCCAUGAUCUCCGUGGCCGACGCAAACAAGGACGGUUUCGUGGAGUACGAUGAAUUCGAGAAGGUUUUGGGGUCCAGAAACAACAACAACAACAGCAGCAGCAGCAGCAAGAAGCAGGAGGAGGAGAAUGGAAGAGAGUGGAGUUUGAUGGCGGAUGUGUUCAGGGCGAUGGACAGAGAUGGAGAUGGGAAGGUGGGGCAUCAAGAUUUGAAGGAUUAUCUAACUUGGGCUGGCUUUGGCGUUAAUGAUGACGAUGUCAAGGCCAUGAUCAGAUUGGGCGGAGGCCAUGAAAAUGGCGGCGGCGGCGUUUCUUAUGAAGGUCUUCUCAAGAUUUUGGCCAUCUGAAUCAUAUGCAAGAAAGAAAAAGUUCAAAUGUGCAAGGAGGAAGAGUUUUGACGAUGACGACAACGUUAGAUAAAAUUAGGAGUCCAGGACAACUAGCUAUUAGCCAAGCCAAAAUGUCUCUUGAUUUCCUUUAAAAAAAAAAAAAAAAAAAAAUUUCUUGGGUCCUGUACUUAUAAAAAUAUUAAAGGAAAAAUCGUUUGCUGCUUAUUCAAGUUCUAGCAGGUGUUAAUCUCAAUUGGAUCGGUUGGGACGCUCUUUUUCAAGAAUUCAAGAAUCCCGUUGUUCCAUUCCAGUUGAAUGCUGCUGCUGAUUAGUGAUUACAGCUGUGUUGGAAGAGUAUCACCUCUCUUCCCAUAUUUUGUUUUGGCUUUACAUUUGCUGAAGCUGCAAUUGAUUCUGGCUUCUGGCUGCUGCUCGUACUUCUUAUCUUUUAACAACUGAGUAUUUUUAUGUGGUGGUUCAUGAAUUAUUAUGUCCA